AUGCCUUCAGCUGCUGCGCGACAGUUAUACGAGGACCAAAUACCCUCGUUCAUGUCCGUAUUUGACCUCGAGUCCGGGGUCAUGGACGGGCAGGGAACUGUCACUGUUGUCGACCCAAACAUGAUGGAAAUCGAGCCUACAACCAAGUUCUCAGGCGAAGCUCAAACACAACUUCAACCGGCAGCCCUUCCUUCAGAUCCCUCUCAUCAACCCUCAGAGAGCCUAUCCGCACGGAUGUUUGAGUCUGCCGACUCAUCUCCUACGACGACCAUGUCAUGCACCGAUUCCUCUUCUCUCUCGGACCCAUCGCCUUCUUCAUCCCCCGAUUCACCCGUCAACCUGGUCCCGUUGUCGUCUUAUCCAGCCUCCAACUUUGGCGGUCUACCUUCAAUUGGUGGUCUCACCGUCUCUGAUUCAAACCUAGCGCGGCCUAUGACCUCGCCCUCGCCGCGCCGCGCGCGAAACAUGAAAGGCCUCUCAAUACAGCCUCCUUUUGUCAGCAACUCAUUGUCUUCUUCGCUCGUCUCCGAGCCCUCAUCCCCUUCCUUCAUCAAGCCGAAGAUUCCUGCCAUGAAGAGGAAGCCCAGCCAGCUCAGCCUCAAGACGAGCACUUCCGACUUGGCCAAGGCCACAACUCUAGAGAUACCACAGUCCCCCUCUAUACCACCAAUUCUGCAGCGCCGCGCCUUGAAACACUCCACCUCUUCGCCUCAUAUGCUUUCUUCUCUGAAGUCGGCAACCUUCGGUCCUGCGGGUGGCAUGACGAUCCCGACAGUUCUUGAGCGCAACGAGUCCGGCUUGUCCUCGUUCCUGCGGCCACCGAAGCAAUCCAACAGUGGUGGAUUCGACUCGGCGAUUCUCGAGGAGGAGUCCCCGAUCCGCACACAAAUCGCCAGCCGGGCCGCUUUUGAGUUCGAGCCUUAUCAUGAGCAUGAGAAUAACGAGGAUCAAAAGACGCCCGGCUAUCCGGACGGCCCCAUUGCUAUUUACGGCGACAAUGUCUUCCUCUACCUAGAGCCCACAGCAGAGGAGGCGUCGAGGUUCGAUGUGGUGAUCAACGUCGCCCGUGAGGUUACCAACCCCUUCAAGGCGUGCCAACAAGCGUCAACUGAGCCAGCUACCGACGACAAGCCGAUGGAUGACUCGCCGAUACCCGAUACUGCUGUGACUGCGGCAAGCUACGCCACCGCCUUCGAGUUCCCCCAAGGAGAUGCCACGCCAACAACUCCAAAGGCUGUUUCCUUCGCCCUGGCAGAGCCAGAGUACAUUCACAUUCCAUGGGAUCACAAUACCGAUAUUUCUACUGAUCUGAUGAAUCUCUGCGAAACCAUUGAGAAGAAGACCAGGGAGGGGAAGAAGGUACUGAUCCACUGCCAGCAAGGUGCCAGCCGAUCUGCGAGUCUCAUCAUCGCAUAUGGUCUCUAUCAAAACCCGGAGCUGAGCGUCAAUGAUGCGUACCGGGCCGCACAGUCCAAGAGCAGAUGGAUCAGCCCAAAUAUGCGGCUCAUGUAUUGCUUGCAGGACUUUCAAAAGGAGGUUUCCAAAAAGAAGCUGUCGCCGAACUCAGGCCUCAAGCCGCGAUCGGGCCGAAGCCCAACGAAGCAUCGAACCACCAUGUCAGCAUCGGAGGCCAUCAGCACUUCACCCAAAGAGCCUCUUACUGCUCCCUUGCCAAGUGAGGAUGGGGCCGAUGGGAGUGCCAGCCCGGCAAAGAGUCCUCUUCGCCUACGUGGAAACUCUACGCCAAACAGCAGGGACCCCGUGUCUCCGGGCCCGUCAUCGGCCCCCUCGAGCUUUUCCUGGACAGAGAAGGAGGACGAGUCGGACCCUCACAAAUAUGGCCGUUUUAAUCUCGACAAUACCCAGCUGAAACCCAGUCACCCCGACUCUGGCUUUGUUUCAUCUAGCUCCUUGGGCUCGUUUGCCAAGCCGCCGCCAUCACCUGGGUUUGGGAGCCACCGUUUCGGCGCACCAGCAGGAGGCUUUGGGUUGGUACCGCUCAACUUCGGAAGCAUGGCGAGCAUCGAUGCCACCCGAGACAAGGCUUCUGGUGACCAUCACAUGACGGGUCUGAACAGUUAUCCGGACGAUGCAGCCCUCCUGUCCCCGCGCGUAGAGACAAUGACCAACAACCCUCUGCACGGACAUUUCACUGAGAGCAUGGGUAUGCGGUUCAUCGAGGUGCCGCCCACGCCAAGUGAGGGCCUGUUUUCCCCGAGGGAGACGAUGUUUCCGCGAGAUCCAUUCUCUCCGUUUGGGCGUCCGCCGCAAGUCGCAGACCCGAGGAGCCCCCCGACCAAGGGCGAGACCCCUAUCGUCAGGUCAAUCGACGAAUUUAUCUAG